AUGUCGUCCGGGAUUGUGCUGAAUGAUGUUGUGAAUUGCGUAACUUUUCAUAGUGGAUAUGACUUUGGGUACUUGCUUAAGCUUUUGACUUGCAGGAGUUUGCCUGAUAAUCAAGCCGGGUUCUUUGACUUCAUCAAUAUGUAUUUUCCCAUGUUGUACGAUAUCAAGCAUAUGUUGAAGUUCUGCAAUAGCCUACAUGGUGGUUUGAACAAGCUUGCAGAGUUGUUGGAAGUGGAAAGAGUCGGUGUGUGUCAUCAAGCUGGCUCGGAUAGUUUGCUAACAUCGUGCACAUUUAGGAAGUUGAGAGAUAACUUCUUCAAUGGCUCCACGGAGAAAUAUGCAGACGCUGAGUUGAAAACAUAUGAAGUGGCAAGUGUAGAGCCAAAAGAACAGACCAAAGGUUUCAGAAAUCCCAAAGGAAAUAAUGUUGCUCAAGAAGCAAAGCACAUUUCCCGUUUUCAAUUUGGAGACAUAAGCAAUGCAGGGGAAGUUGAACUUGUGAACCAGAGCCAGAAAAACUGA